CGGCGGCAGCGGCGGUGGCGGUGGCAGCAGCCGUAGCCGUAGCAGCCGUAGGCGGUAGGAGAGGAAGAAGACAGCGAGGAGACGGUCGUGGCCGGCGCAGUAUUCCCCGGCGCAUCAGACGAAACGAUUGGCAACGCGCGCGUCCAGCCACCCAGAGCUCGAGGUUCACGUAGCGCACGGACGGAGUUGAGGAGGCCGCGCUUACGAGGGGGAGCUCGGCUCGCCGACAGCGUUCACCGCGUAGUGUUUGAUCGUCGUGGUCAGGGGCAAGAGGCAGGAGGUGAGAGCCAGUGCGCCGUCCUCGUCUCGUCGGGCUAGAAGCGACAGCGGAGCCAUGGCAGAGAGCAAGGGGGCACUCAUCGCCAAGACCGUGCAGAAGCACGCGGGCAGAGCCAAGGAGAAGUUCCUACAGAAUCUGGGCAAGGUGGACCGGACGGCCGACGACAUAUUCGACGAGCAUCUGCAGAACUUCACAAGGCAGCAGAACGCCGCCAACAGGCUGCAAAAGGAGUUCAACAACUACAUUAGGUGUGUCCGUGGUAAGUCGUUGGCCUCCAAGUCGCUCAUGGACUCGCUGAACGAGAUCUAUGAGAGCCAAUGGACGGGACACGACAUGCUAUACGUCCAGGCACAAAACCUCGAUAUGCUCUGGCAGGAUUUCGCCCACAAGUUGGCCGACCAGGUUCUCGUGCCACUCAACACGUAUCAGAGCCAGUUUCCGGAAAUGCGGAAAAAGAUCGACAAACGCGGCCGGAAGCUCGUGGACUUCGACAGCCAGAGACACAACUUCCAGUCGCUCCAGUGCAAUCCGAAGAAGCGCGAUGAGCUGAAGGUGUCGCGAGGCAAAGAACUCCUGGAGGAAGCCAAACGCACGUACGAUCAACUCAACUCGGAACUCCACGACGAGCUGCCGGCAUUGUACGACUCGCGCGUUCUAUUUCUCGUCACCAAUCUGCAGACGCUAUUCGCGGCCGAGCAAGUUUUCCAUACCGAAAGUGCCAAGGUUUUUUCGGAGCUCGAGGCGAUAGUCGACAAAUUGGCAAAUGAAAGUCAACGAGGGUCAUAUACAUUGAAAAAGAAUUCGGCGCCUCAGUCACCUAAAUCACCAAAUGCGAACUCUUCUCUCAUCAUCAAUACGCAACCGCCUCAAAAUAAUAUCUCAGCAGCCCUGGACGAUUCCGCGCCAGCCUCGCACGAGGAGUCGACGAUUGCGCCCAUCGCCCAGCUCAACGGCAAUGCUAACAACACAACAGCUAACAGCAAUGAUAAUUCCUCGCUCAAUAAUCAGGAGUCCUCGUCCCCGAAAAGCACCAAGGCGCUCGCUAAACGCGGCGUCGAGGAGCUUUAUGACAUCCCGGCCGACGUGGAAUAUGAAAAUGGUAUCCAUUUAUCUGCAGGGGCGACUACCGACAAUUUGCCACCCGGCGUUUUGUACAGGGUGAGAGCCACUUAUAAGUACAAUCGAGAAGAUGUGGACGAGCUGUCUUUCGAAGUCGGCGAAAUUAUUCGCGUCGUCGAAUACGACGAUCCAGAAGAACAGGAAGAAGGCUGGCUCAUGGGCAUAAAGGAGGGCACGAACGAGAAGGGCAUGUUCCCUGCGAACUUCACGAAGCCGUUGUGAGUGCGCGGGCGCGUCAACCCCGGAUUACCGGUGGAGAGAAGAACGCGGGGACCGAGAGAGGUGCACAAGGACGCGCGAGGACGAGCUCCAGCUCCUUGGUCGUAGAUCACGCGACAAUCCGGGCGCACGUCCUGACGCAGGAAUUCGAGAGGACGACAGACGGGAAUGCGAUCGGUUACCAAGUGCCUUAAGCCAGCUAACGAUGCCUGCGCCAAUCCACGACAUCGCGCUCUCCCCUCCCCACCCUUUUCCCCACCCCCUAUCACUUUCUCUCGUACUCUUUGCUCUGUCUCUCACUCACUCACU